AAAUCUUUUAGAAUUGCGAUGAGCUUAGAAAGCACUUUUAUGAACUUAGACUCCAAGUCCACCAAUCUUGAUGACCAGGUAAUUUUAGAAAGCCUGAGUUCUUCUUCACUACAUCCUCAUGUUAUCAAACCCUCCAAGUCGAUCGAGACUUCGGAUAUAAUGUCGACUAGUUUUCAGAAAUCAAGUGAACAACCCGAACCUUCUUCAGACUGUAUAUCCAGAGAGUCCUUUACCAACUCUUGUCAUACAGCUCCAACAGUUGAAGCUUAUCAAAACAGAGAGUCUAUGACCAAGAAAAAGGAAAAUUCGGAGGGCAAAGCAUUGUCACAAGAAGACUUGAAACGUGAAAGAAACAGAAGAUUGGCAAGAGAAUUUCGUGCGAGAAAGAAAGAAGAAAUACGUUUAUAUCGUUCAACUAUCGUCAAUUUAACUCAAAAAGUUCGGACGCUAGCAGCAGAAAACCAAAAAUUGCAGCAAAUCGUAAAAGAAAUACAAGAGAAAAAAACAACCAAUCAUGAAGAAAGAAGAGCUGAAAAACACAAAGAUGAACAGAUCAAAAAGCUUCAGAAACAAGUUCUUCUUUAUCAGAUUUUACUACAACGGUUGAAAGAUAAUGCCAAUCAGGAUUUUGGGCAAGAAAGAGAGAAACAACGUUGUUCUACUGUGAGUGGAAACCCACAUUCAUUAUUAGAAAGUUACUCAUCUCCGCUUCCCUCUAUCAAAACUUUGACUCAGAUGGAUUGUGAGACAACACAACCUGUCUGUUCACCAGAUCGAGAACUGCAACAAAGAAGACUCUCUAGAAGUUUUACAAUUCCUUCCUUAGUUGAUGUUCCAUUGUCAAAUUUACUGUCCCAAGAACUUGUCGAUUCCGGGACAAGUCCCGCAAACAUUCUUAUGAUAGCCAUACAGAAUCCAGGUGUACAGAUUGCUCCUCUAGCAGUCCCCCUAAUAACUUGCAUGGUUUGAGUACUCAUCUUUUUUGUACUCCCAUGUUGGAUUCUCCACUUGUUUACAACUCCAGAUCAGGUAACAGGGAUAGCUCGCUUUCCUAGCCAGCAAUUGAGAGUAAAAUUGUAGCUGAGAUACUAAACUGUAGUUUCUAUGUGGCUUUUUAUCAUAUCUGAGAUAGUUGUAAAUUCAAUAAAUACCCCAAAACUUUA